GAUCUACUCGCGGCCGCUGAAGGCCGACAAGUUCCUGGACGACACAAUGGAGAAGCUGGUCAUGGGCAAAACUGCUGUGGUCAAAGCGGCUGCCUACAGCCUUCCCUUCAAGAACCUGCUGGAGGGCUUCAUCAAGACCAUGGAGGACCGUUCCACAAACGCUGUGCGGAAUUUCAGCCUGGCGAAGCAACGAUUCGAAUCCUCCUACGAGCCCAUGCUUCGUCUGACGCUGUUCCUGGAAGCCUUCAUCAUGGCGGCGCAGCAGAUCAUCAGGAACAACAGCUCCGAGGAGACCGCUGUGUGCAACAGCUUCCUGCAGCUGCUGACCGAGGAGAGGCUCCUCACCCUUGCGAUGCUCGGAGAUGCCUCGGCAUGCAUUCUCAGACUGACCCGCUUCUUGGAUAGUGAAGAGCACGACAUCAGCGGCGUCGCCGACCAGUGCCUCGAAUGUGCCAACUCGUUGCACCAUUUGUUUGCUGAUCAGGCGUGUGAUGACAACGGACUGACUCGACACAUGCUGGCCCGUCUCGAGCGGCCUCUUGUCUGGCUUUUCAAGGACGGCACGGCAGGUAGUGUGGGUGGCAAUCCGGCAAAAACCAGAGAUGCACUCGCAAAAUGCCGUCCAAGAUUUCUUGCAUACACAAAGUUGGCAUUGCAAACUCUCAUGGCAGAGUUUCCUUCUUUCGGCUGCCUCAUGGCUUUUCGAGCCUUCCAGCUUGGUGUUGGUGGCUGCAACAGCCGCAAGCGCAAGAAUCCAACGGGUCCCGGAGCCCAGACACGUCAGGAGUGUGUGGAGAGGCUUGCUUUACUAUGCGACUUGCCCAAGGACACAUUGCUGGAACAGCUCGAGGCCCGAAGCAAAUCGGACCAUCGACCAGCUGCCCAGGCAGUCUACAACUCGACUGACGUCGACACCUUUGAUGCCUGGAAGCGGGCAUGGUUGUCAUAUGAGAAUGCGAGUGGUGGCCGCAAGAGACACCCAGGAGAUGUACUGGGCGAAGCACUGCAGAGGUUUGGUGCCUAUAACGGAUGCACUUCAUCUGGCGUCGAACAGUCGUUUGGCAAGCAGACGCAGCUUUUUGGAAAGCAGCGACUGCGAAUGCUCGAAUCCACCGCCAAUGAUGAGAACGCCCUUUGCUUGGAUGCAUUGGUGGAUGAUGCGAAGCUGUGCCAUCGUGCCCGUGUGAUUUGGACUCACUUGCAGUAUGGCAAACCGCGCAAAAUGAAGUCGGACUCGCGGAUCACCAAGGGCAUGACUCGGAAGAAGACCAAGAAAGACUUGUCCAUCAAGGCAUGGCGCGAUGCCUCCCAGAAAAAAGUUCUGAAGGAAGUGCGCAGCAAGGGGCCGUUGAAGAGCGUGAAGCAGCUUCAUGGAAAGAUUCGAUUUGCCAGAGGCAGUUCGGCCUGGACGAGUGGUCAUGAAACCGAAGCCGCAUUCCAAGAGCGCAAACUGGACAAGAAGUUUCUAGAUGCCGCAUUGGACAAGAAGCUCCUGCAGGACGAGCAGACCAAAGUGGCUGGAACAGCCUUGCAGGUACAUGCCAAAGCACGCGAGGCCAAGCGGCGCGAGCAGGAAAAAGAGGCCCGCAAGAGGCAGGACUUGGAUAUGCGCAGACCACGGAUCCUGAGUCUUGGAGCCGCUGUCCGGGGCAAGGUCGUUGCGGUGGAGAAAGAGCUGUCGCUGCCUGCAAAUGCGCUGGUUGGCUGCCAGGAGGUGGAACAGCAGUGCAAGCAAGCCCAGGUGUGCAUUGUGGAGAAUGUGGCAAGCCCGUCCUCUCGUAUGCGAUGGGUGCUUGCUCUGUUCGGGGGGUUGUGUCUCUCCAAGAAGUUUGCGGCGUCGGCUGGCAAGCAUGGGCCUUUCUUGAAGUACGAGGCAGCCAGCGCGAAGAAGCGGGCGAUUUGGAUCAGUGAGUCCUUCCAGGCAAGCAUCCCUGGCAUCACCGAUCUUAUCACUGCUGCAUGCCGCAAGCCCGGAAGCCAAUGGACGCUGUUGCAAAGGGAAUCUGAAGUGACCACCACGCGUGGCAGCGUGAUUGUGCUCAUUGAGGCAGCUGACACAGCCAGAAAGCGCUUGUACAGAGGGCAGAAGAAAGCCGUGACAGCCAAAGAGUUUCUGAAAAUGAUUUCCGUGGUCGACAAAGUUGCCAGCCGCCUUUGCUGA